GCUAUAUAUGGCAGCCUCCUGCUUUGAACUGUGUCAGCACAACUGUCCUAACAUUUCACCCAGGUUUCGUUGUUUCAGGCAAAGAUGGCUUGUUUGUAAUCACAAUGAAAGCGAUGCUGGAUUUAUUUAUGAUAAGCCUUGCCUUUCUGUCAAAGGAGACAAACAUUGGACAAAGCAUUCUGAGAAUUUCAUGUUGCAUUAAAUACGGCAGCCCAGAAACAGCUGUGCCUUUUUGAUUCAUUUCCAGGUGCUGCAGAAAGUGUAUGUUUAGACAAUUGUUUCAUGUUAUACAGGCAUGAUAAGUUGCAACCUUUGAGCUAAUGCCUCAAGGUUCACCAGCUGAGGCUGGUGAGAACACAGGACCUUGUCCUCUGAACUUAGUUCUUUUCAUUGGUUCAGCAAAGCCUGAGAUGGCUGAACUUGUGUUCACUCUUUUAGAAGCCCAUUGUUAUUACAGCUGGUAAAAUACUGCAAUUCUGAAGUGAUAAUAUGUUGCAAGAACAGCAUCUAAAUAAACACCUAUUCUGAGAUACACAUCUGAGUGGAAUGGGCAAGAACAUUUUUGUAUGGAAAAGAGGGAGGAAUGAGGGAGAGUGGGAGGGGUAGGUCUGUGUUUGUAUCAUUGUAUAGGUAAUUGUGGUAGUGCAACUGUGCCUAGAACAAGGGUUCUCAACCUGUAAACAGCUCUUUGCCCCACCAGAGCCUACACCUGCAGUGCUAAAGAGCAUUAAAAAUUGUUGUAGUGAAAUUUAUGCACAGUAUCACUUAUUAAAAAGGCUUAUAAUUUUGAUUGAGAGAAGUCAUAACCUACAGGAAAGGGGUUGAGGUUUGUGGCACAUUGCAGAACAAAGAUAACCUCAGAUGGCAAAGGUGGUGUAGGACUAACAGGCUCGAUGCUUGGGGUAAAGUAUCAGGAGUAAAUGCAGGAAUUACAUAGAAUUAGUAUUGCACAGUUGAGUACUGUAGUGUGAUUUGCAGUGUCUUUAAAGACAGGACAGCUUCUUAAAGGGAUUCCUCAUCAUGGCAGGACUGAUGUGUAGAAAAAGAGAAGAGGAGGUGCCAUCAGAAGUUCAAUAUUUUUGGUGAUAAUGCCACAAAGAACAGUAUUGGGGAAUAGAUAUCUUCUAGACCUGCACUCUUAAGGCACUAAUUAAUGACAAUUGAAAAUAAAUAAAUAAGUAAAUAAAAGCUUUGUCCCCAUAUCAGGGAAUCUUGAUCCUUUCCACAGAUAACCUCAGGUUUAUAUGUUUAUGUAGCGAGGAAGUAAAAUGCAACCUGCAGGAUAUUUGGAGAGCCACAGAGGGAUGACCCACCCAUUCCCCUGGCUAAACAGGUUGAGAAUCCCUGUUUUAGAGUAUAUAAGGAUACAUCUACAUAAGCCCACAUGGAGCUCUUUUCUGCUUCAACAGGACUUGUUUUGGCAGCUCACAUAGUAUCUACUCAGAGGUCCCCACAGUGUGAUCUAGUGUGCAGUAUAGGCAAAAUCCUGACACAGAGUAGUUGGAUAAGUUGGAAAAAAAAGCAAAAAAAAAAAAAAGCUGAUACCCACUGGACAAAGUCUCAGUGUAUAAAAACCAUAGUGUUUGACUUCAAACUGUCAUGCUCACCAUUUGCACAGAUUUGGUUAAACAGCUGAAUUCUACACCUUUGUAGAAAAGGUAAUUUAAUGUUUUCUUUUUCAGGCUCCUCCAUUGCCAUCCUCUUCAUCUUGACAUUUUUUCAUGGACAUUAAAUGAAAACUUUUCUGAUAUUCAGGAAGUGACCCAGUUCUGCACCACUGAUUUUUGUAGCUAUCCUGUAAGGCUGCUGGCUGAAAGCUGUGUCUAUGCAACCUUCCAAGUGCGGAGUGUCAACCAACUGGACAGGAGAGAGCACUGCCUCCUACUCCAGAACUCAAAACAAAUAAAGCUCAUCCAGCUGUACUUCAAAAAAAUAAUUCCAUGUUUUGUAUAUAUCUGACAAAACUGGCAACAUUAUACAGACUACUGACUUGAAGACCACCUCUUUUGUAUUUUCUCUGUUUCUGGGCUGAUGAGUUGGUUUCAUCCGUUUUUCCCCUUCAGAAUUUCCCUUGGAAAAAGUACUAGCUUAGCUGGUCAUUUCUUUGUAAGGUAGUUAGAAAUUUUAAGUCUUUCUUUGGGCAACAUUUUUUUUUUUUUUUUUUUUUUUUUUUUUUUAAUGUGAAGAGUUAGGUGAUAUAAAUUUUUUUACUGCUUUUAUGUUUUUCUGUCUUGUUUUGAAACCAUGACGGUUACACUUUUGGUUCCUAAAUAAAAUUUAAAACAAUUAACAGCCAAGUCACAAAGAUAAAUGGGUUGCACAUAGACUAAGGAAUAAACUUCAGAUUUGUGAUUUUUGUUUCUAAUCUUGAUGUAAAUUUACACUAUUUAUAAAUACAUAUUUAUUGCUUGAAAAUAUUUGUGAAUGGAAUGCUGUUAUUUUUUCCAGAUUACCUGCCAUUGAAAUUUUAAGGAGUUCUGUAAUUUCAAACACUACUCCUAUUACAUUUUCUAUAUGUAAAUAAAACUGCUUAGCAUUGUACAGAAACUUUUAUUAAAAUUGUUUAAUGUUUAAAGUUUUUCUAUUGUUUGAGUUUUAAAAAGAUUUUAUGUACAGUGCCCAGUUUUUGUUCUUUUUUUGAAUCUGAUUAUAUAUAUUUUAUAUAUACUCUUGUGCUUGUGUAUAUAUAUAAUAUAUAUAGAAACUCGAAUAUAAAUAUGUGUAUAAAGAUUUAGAGACUAAAUUUUUCUCGUUUUAAGUUUUACAUCUAUGGUAGAUUUGAGGUGUCUACUGUAAAGUAUUGCUUACAAAAGUAUGAUUAUUUUUAAAGAAAUAUAUGGUAUGUAUCCUCAAGACAUAAAAUGACCUUCAGACUGGUUUAUUGUUAAAUUGCACUUUUUGCAAUAACAGACCAAUAAAUAGUUGCUGCCAAAACAUAGUAGUAGAAAAUAAGUAACAGCUAAAUUUUGAAGCUCUUCAAGAAAAUGCCGGGUUUGACAGGAAGUUUGGCACUAGUUUCAGAGGAGAGAUGAAAAAGGUGAACUUAAGUUUGGGUGGGGAUGGUGUCUGGAAUUCAACCAAAUCACAACUCGUGUAUUACGGUAUGUUCUAUUAACGAUCUAAAAAGUUAAGACUGAAUCACCGUGGCGUCAUUGUUGACCCCCAAAAAAGGACGUUGUUGUGGUAUUCUGUUGUAUUUUCACAUAUUUUGUAAUACAAAUUCACUGGUAAAUUUUUGAAGCACUAGGUUUAUCUAGGACAAGUUUAUAAUAUAUCAUUGUAACAGUUUGCAGUUUUAAUUAUGGUAUUUAUUUUAAGUUGCUCCUUUCUCAUUAGCUUCUUGAAAAUGCAUUAAAUCUAAAUUUCGAAACGGAUAGCUUUCUUAUCGAUCAGAGUUGACUGAUGCAGGAGGUUCUGCAUCAAACGAUUUCUCAUAAUUUCUCAUUAGUGGGGUAUGUUAGUGAUUGCAUUGUUAAAUUUUCUGUAAUCGAUGUGAAGUGUUAAAGGCACAGAGCAUGCUGAUAGUUUAUUUUGAACAAAAAGAAUUGCCUCUUACAUUUGUAGCUUCAAAUGAAGGGUGUUUUAAUGAAGAAUCAGUAUACAGCUUGUCUACUGCUGUUACAACAGUUUAACUGUAGUUAUAAAUGACUUUUUUUGCUAGUUCUUAAAACAGUUGGGCAAAAGGUUAUGGGGAUUGAAGAAAAAUAUAACAAACGCUCUUGCCAGCAAAAUUAUCAACUAGCAGUUAGGAAGCCAGUAUUUACAGUUCUGUAAAGAUGUAAGUCUCAGCUCUUGAUAACAAACUCUACAAAUCAUAAUUUUUUACUUAUGUAUUUUAUGCAGUCGUAAAUAUUGUAAUCUUGACAAACCAUGCUGCAACUGAAAAGCUACUCCUUUACAGUAGUCUUAAACCCAAAUAAAAGCAAGAUAACUUACCUCAACUAAUGGCAAACAGAAAGUCCUCGUUUCUCAGUGCUAUGAAGAGUAUUGCUAACUAGGGAAAGAGCUACCGCGUGCUGAUCAAAAGGGCUGUGUACCUUUCCUCCCCUUUGGAAAAGAGGGUAUCCCAUUACCAAGGGAAGAAAAAUUGUGUUUCACCAAUGAACAAGUAGACCAAAUCAGUUGAACAUCAGGCACUAUUGUUCACUCUGCAUGAAGGUUUUGUCGUGGAUUUGAAUUGCUGCAGGGCUUUAAUAUUUUGCAGUUUUAAUACUUCUUAAUUACACUAUGCUCCUAAACUAUGGACAGUUUUGAACUAUAAGCUGCUAUGAUUUAGAAUGCUUUUGUUUCAUUUUAUUAAAAAAAAGCACAAGUUAAUAUUUUAUCAGUUGUAGUUAUUACG